CCCCUCCCCAGGCUCCCCCGUGAGGCUCCAGAGGGGGUUUCCCCUCUCCUGGGCCCCCCCCAUUGCACCCCCCAUGGCGGCCGCCCCCCCCCAAGACAGCGUCAUUGUCCUGGAUGAUGAGGAUGAGGGGCCCCCCCCGGCCCCCCCCACCCCUCCCGGGCCCUCGGGGACCCCCCCGGCGCCCCCCCACCCCACCCCCAGCAAUGGGGACCCCCCGGGGACCCCCCCGAGCGGGGGGGGGAGCAAAGAGGGGGGGUACAAGGAGGAGAAUGAGCGGCUCUUUGGAGAGUUCCUGGCUCUCUGCACCCCCCUCACCGCCGAGCACCCCGAGGUCCUCCCUUUCCUUUGCUCCCGGCACCAAAAAGCCGGCGCCGCCUUCCGCGCCUCGGCCGAGCUCCGCAACGUCCUGGCCCGCUGCCUGCGCCGCGUCCGCCGCCACCGCGCCAAGGUCUACGUCUACAUCAACGAGCUCUGCACCACCCUCAAGGCGCAUGCCCUGCGCCGAAAGCUCCCUUUGACCCCCGUCUCCAACCCCACGGCACGACCCGGUCCUCAUCCCGCACCGGAUCCGCCUCAACCACCUCAACCACCGUCACCACCGCCACCGCCGCCGUCAUCAUCAUCGUCAUCGUCGUCUCCCACCGGCUCCAAGCGCCAGAUCCGCUACUUGGAGAACCUCCUCCGCGUGUACACGGGCGAGAUCCGGCGCCUGCAGGAACGGGAGCUGGACCUGGCCGAGUUGGACAGCGAGGACUCGGCCUACCUCCAAGAGAGCCGCCUCAAGAGGAGGAUGAUGAGGAUCUUCCAACGCCUGUGCGAGCUCAAGCGCUGCAGCAGCCUCACGGGCCGCGUCAUGGAGCAGCGCAUCCCCUACCGCGGCACCCGUUACCCGGAGGUCAACCGCCGCGUCGAGCGCUUCAUCAACCGCCCCGACGUCUUCCCCGACUACAGCGACAUCCUCAAGGUCAUCCAGAAAGCCAACGGGCGCCAUCGCCUCGGCUUGGGCAGGAAGCACAUGGAGAGCAUGGCGCAGGACGCCUUCCGCGAGGUGGGGAACCGCCUGCAGGAGAGGAGGCACCUCGACCUGGUCUAUAACUUCGGGAGUCACCUCACGGAUCAGUAUCGGCCUGGCACGGAUCCGGCUCUGAUGGACCCGGAGCUGGCCAAGAGGCUGCGGCGGAACCGGACCGUGGCGCUGAGCCGCCUGGACCAGGUCAUCUCCCACUAUGCCCAGCUGCAGGAUGAGAGCGAGGAGGAGGAGAGGGGCAGGAAGCGGCGCCGGGGCACCCCAGGGAAGAGCCAGUCCAGGGAGGAAGAGGAAGAGGAGGAGACGGAGGAAGAGUCGGAGGAGGAAGAGGAAGAGGAGGAGGAGGAGGAGGAAGGGGACAGCUCCAAUGGCUCCCAUGGGAAGAGGGAGGAAGAGGACAAAGGGGACCCUAUAGAGCCCAAUGCCCCCCAUGGAAGGGAGGAUGAGGAUGAUGAAGGCACCACCUCCAAGCCCAGCAUCCCCUAUGGAAGCCCCAAAGGGGACCCUAUAGAGCCCGAUGCCCCCCAUGGAAGGGAGGAUGAGGAUGAUGAAGGUACCACCUCCAAGCCCAGCAUCCCCUAUGGAAGCCCCAAAGGGGACCCUAUAGAGCCCGAUGCCCCCCACGGAAGGGAGGAUGAGGAUGAUGAAGGUACCACUUCCAAGCCCAGCAUCCCCUAUGGAAGCCCCAAAGGGGAUGAAGGCCCCAGUGUCCCC